AUGUAUGUGACAAGGCCUGUCUCUCACUACCUAAAGUAUCCAGAUUCUCUUGCAACACCUCCCGACGGGCCUAAUACAGGUUACUUAAUAAUCCAAGAUGAAGAAUCUGAGACUUACUCUUGUUUUGGAUUGUGCAAAAAUCGAUCUCUCAGGAACCUGCCUUUCCCUCAGAACAAGGAAUUGACUGCCCGCUAUGCACAAGGUUUCGGUGAGAAAAAACAUGUUUCUUAUGACCCAGUUUUCUUGAUUCCAGUUCUCAAUCAACCAGUGUCUUCCAAUCGGUACUAUGCCAUUGAACCACAUGGGAAUCAUAAAGGGGAAGCGUUCACUUGCUCGAGGGAGGAGGACAUGUCCACCUGUUGUUUUUGUCGCUGUGUUAAAGAUGUAAAACCAAGGCAAUUGGAUCCUGAAAACAUUUAUCAGCAAAUUGAGAUAUGUCCAUAUGAAACUUUAUGCACCUCUAGUGGUUACUUCUUUGCGAAAUCUGUUGGACUUGAUGGUUUUCCUCCUGAUUUCUUGAGAAGGAAAGGAUGGUCAAUUCGCACCAGAACUCCCGAACACUUUAAAUUGGACGAAGCACCAGGUCUUGACUCCAAACUUCGUGUUCGUCUUCCAGAAUUCAACUUCCCACUGUCAUGUAAGAGUUCUGAAGCCGUUGGUGUUGGGAAGUGGUAUUGUCCCUUCAUGUUUAUUAAGGAAGGAGCAUUGAAAGAUCAGGUGAAAAGAUCAAUGUAUUACGAGAUGACACUUGAGCAAAGAUGGGAGCAGAUUUUUACGCGCAAGAAUGAAAAUAAUCAAGGAAAUUCUGUCCUAAUUGAUGUUUCUCUCGAAAAUGAAGAGGUUUAUGUUGAUGGAAAGAAAGCAGCGUGGCAUAAGAACAACUUUGUCGAUGGGGUGAUGUGGUUUAAAAGUUCCCACGACGGCAAGGAAACGAGCAUUGGGUUAAGAAUAGAAAUCAUUCAAAGAAUGAAAUGGGAGCAAAACAGGGGUGGAAGGCAAGACGGGGAAAACUGGCAAGUAAAGAUUAACAGAGUCGAAGAAUUCAAAGAAAGUCGAGUGUGGAAGGAGUUUGGUUGCUAUGUUUUGGUUGAAAGAUUUGUUCUAAAAAGAAUGGAUGGAAGUUUGGCAAUGACAUACAGUUUCUUGCACACUCACCAGUUGAAGUGCAAGUGGGAAUAG